CCUGACAAUUAAUCACUGAUUAAAUAACCACACCACAAGUCAUAGAUAAGUAGAUACCACAAGUCCACAGACUUAACAAAGUAGUUAAUGUAGUAAUCCAAGAGAUUGAAAUUCUUAGUAAUCGUUCCAAGUGAUUAUUGUGUAACAUGACUUCACACGCAUCUAAUAUGACUGAAAAAUCAUCGAUAACUUACGAUGACAACCGUAAUAAGCUCCUCAAAAAGUCGCAAGAAGCCCCUAUGUUUCCGAUAGCUUGUGGAGUUUUAACAGCAGCUGUAGGAUAUGGAGCUUAUAUGUUCAAGAAUAAAGGAAAAAUGAGCACAAGUGUUUACUUAAUGCAUCUCAGAGUUGGUGCUCAAGGAGCGGCAGUAGGAGCUCUUACAAUUGGACUCGCAUAUACAAUGGUUAAACAAUAUAUAUUCAAGGAUGAGUAGAAAAACUUUUUUCUGUAUAUAGUUAAUCCAAUAUGGCUGGUCCAUAUUGCUAGAAAUGUUGUAUGUUUAGUUGUAAAAAAAAUGUUAAAACUUGUACUAUAUUUUCUUAUUCAUUUAUUAUUUUUAUUUAUGUGAGCUAGUUUUUUUCCACUGAACAUAAGCAAUGUGAUUUAAUAUUAGUGUUUUUUGAAUGGUCGUAUCUCACUGCCAUGAGAUAGAAUGUGAAUCGAGUAUUAUAAUGAAUUCCAUGGUUGAUAUAGAGAAAAAUCUUAAGAAAUAUAAUGAUGAAAACCACCAUA